CUAGAGGCGGAAGCGCCGCUGGGCGCCGGGCUCGGAGGGGAUCCGAGGCUUCGGGGGCGGCGGCGGGGGCCGGGCCAGGAAGGGCAGCUCCGGCAUCGGGCCCGGCCGCAUCCGGGACGCGUCGUCGGGCCGCCUGAGGGAUGCGGAGCGACCAUGGCCAGCGACGGGGCGCGGAGGCAGUUUUGGAAGCGGAGCAGCCACAGGCUCCCGGGAAGUAUCCAGCAUGUGUAUGGAGCCCAGCACCCUCCUUUUGACCCCUUGGCACACGGCACGUUGAUCAAGACAGUCCCCAAGACACCAGCCACCCCUGGGAAGCCCAAGCGAGUCAGCACGUUCCAGGAGUUUGAGAGCAACACCAGCGAUGCCUGGGACGUCGGGGAGGAUGACGAUGAGCUUCUGGCCAUGGCGGCCGAGAGCCUGAACACAGAGGUGGUCAUGGAGACGGCUAACCAGGUCAUCCAGAACCACAGCCGCCGGCAGGAGCGGGUCUGUGGGGAUGGCAAGCGGCCCGAGUGCCGCUCUGAGGCCCCCUUGGUGGCAGGCAGCGACAGCAGGCUGGUGAAGUCUGUCAGUGAGAGUCACACGGCCCGCUCUGCAGAAAUCCUCAGUGACAUCGCGACUCUGCAGCGCUCCCAGUCUCUCCCCUAUGCCUCCACAGCUCCUUUAGGCCAUGCAGCUGACGAUAAGAAUGCACUAGGCCCGCCGGCCUUGACCGAGAGGGAGGUCUAUCGGCUGGAGAAAUUCAGGCAACUUCUGGCAGGUCCCAACACAGAUCUUGAGGAAUUAAGAAAAUUGAGUUGGUCUGGAAUUCCCAAGCAAGUCCGUCCGAUAACCUGGAAGCUCCUUUCGGGUUACCUUCCUGCAAACGUGGAUCGGAGAGAAGGCACCCUGCGGAGAAAGCAAAAAGAAUAUUUUGCUUUUAUUGACCAAUAUUAUGAUUCUCGGAAUGACGAAGCUCACCAGGACACCUACAGACAGAUUCACAUCGACAUCCCCCGCAUGAGUCCGGAGACGUUAAUACUCCAGCCCAAAGUGACCGAGAUUUUUGAAAGAAUCCUGUUUAUCUGGGCCAUCCGUCACCCCGCCAGUGGCUACGUUCAGGGAAUCAAUGACCUCGUCACCCCAUUCUUCGUGGUCUUCGUUUGUGAACACAUAGAAGAAGAAGUGGAAAAUGUGGAUGUUUCCAGUGUGCCGGCCGAGGUGCUGCGGAACAUUGAAGCUGACAGCUACUGGUGCCUGAGCAAACUGCUGGAUGGCAUUCAGGAUAACUACACCUUUGCCCAGCCCGGCAUCCAAAUGAAAGUGCGCCUGUUGGAGGAGCUUGUCGGCCGCAUCGAUGAACAAGUGCAUCGGCAUUUGGACCAGCAUGAGGUGAAAUACCUGCAGUUUGCCUUCCGGUGGAUGAACAACUUGCUGAUGAGAGAAAUGCCCCUGCGGUGUACCGUCAGGCUCUGGGACACGUACCAGUCCGAGCCUGAGGGUUUUUCUCACUUCCACUUGUACGUCUGUGCGGCUUUCCUCGUGAGAUGGAGAAAAGAGAUUCUAGAAGAAAAAGAUUUCCAAGAGCUGCUCAUCUUCCUCCAGAACUUGCCCACGGCCCACUGGGGAAACGAGGAGGUCAGCGUGCUCCUGGCGGAGGCUUACCGCCUCAAGUUCGCCUUCGCAGAUGCCCCGAAUCACUAUAAGAAAUGAGCCACGGGGGCUUGUUCCAGAGUAACAUCCUUUUCAUUCUGGUUUGCACAUUUCCCGACUUACUUACUAAUUGUGGCAUACUUUUGUAAAGUGCGCAUUAGGGCCGUGUCUACGCUGGCCCAGGACAGUCGCUGACUCGGAAAACUGCCCAGCGAUCGGCCUUCCCAGGGCCAGGAGAAAAGUGACCCGCCGAGGGCAUGCGUCCUCCUGCACACACCAGAAAGCACAGGACCUCGGCCGGUGUAGACACAGCUUAGAGGGUCUCGCUUCUUACAGCCGAACACGAGAGGGAUUCUGAGAUACCAAAGAGAGACAGAGGCGGAUGCAUCCUAUCAUGUGAACUUCUGGGCAGAAGCCCCGACUGAGGCCAGCUUCAGGCUGGGCCGGGCCAGUGAGCUUUCUGGGGCCCCUGCGCCCCCUCCCCAGUUGUUGUCAUUGCCAAACCCAUUGUAGCCCCUCUCCCGCACCCCCCAGGGCGGGUGGGGGGGCACAGCCCUGUUUGGAGGGAAGUGGAGGCAGCCGGGAGAGGUUGUUGCUUAGAAUCCCCCUUGGGAGCGCUUGCUUUUGUUGGCUCUGUAGUAGAUGUAUUUUCAAACUGGAAAAGUCUAUUCUACUAAAAGUAAAUGAAAA